GCGGCGGGUGUGAUCGCCGCGCGGGCAGGCGGGGGAGGGGACGGGGGGGCGGCGGCGGGGGGAUGGGGUGGUCCCGGCGCCCUCCGUUCCCGCUUCCGCCGCGGGCCGUCGACGUGCAUUAAUUUUUUAUUUUUCCUAACGUGAUACUUAAAUUUUGACGGAGGGCAAGCUCGCAAAACGGCUCUAAAACAAUUUCCUGCAGAGCUCUCUCGGCCUAACGUGCGGCUCGGUGCGCGCGCGUUUGGGAAGGAGUCAUUAACUGUUCUCGCCCGAAGUUGCUUAUUUUUAACGUUGCCGUAUCUUGGUUCCGUGAACGGGGCUGUUGCCGUGCUAAUGCAGGAGAAGGUCCUUGCGCGGAGCUUGUGAAAUCAUCUUAUUUUAGUUCGUCUCUUUCGGCUCGCCAAAAUACCGUACAAAAUAAUUUUGAGCAUUUUACAGCCUGUUCUCUUGUCGUUUCCGUCAGCUUUUCUUGUCUAGAACUUUGAAUAGAACAGGAUAAUGAGAAGCUACUCCUCUAGAAAACAUACCUGCAAUAACGCAAAGGUUUUAUUUUCUGAUUGGGUCUUAUUUGCAGUGCUGGUUCAUCAAGAAAAAAUGGCAUGACACUUAUGGAAGUUAAAUUUUCUGUUAAAACAAGCCUACGGUUGAGCAGCUCCAGUUUUGUGAGAAUUCUCUUAAGAGUUUGUUUUGAACUACCAAAGCGUUGCAUUUGACAUUAUAUGCACUGAUACCAGUACUGCAAGGAACGUUAUAACUGCUUUCAGUGAUACAGAGACUUCCACCUUAACAGUCUUUUAAAGGAAACAUUUUCUCUUGUCAUAGAGUUUUCUCAAGAUUCUGCUUCAGGUGUUGUAAAUCUGCUACACCUUAGAGGACUGUAUGCCAGAUAUUUCUGUUGUAGCUUCAAGGUACCUGAAAAAUUAAAUUUGUUUGCCCUUAACUAGUAGCUUCUUAAGUGGUAUGUGCAUAGUAUAUUUUAGCUCUUUUGUGUGUCUUUGCCAUACAGCUUUAGAAUGGCAGAGCACAACGUGACUGUUUUCAUGGCUUGUUUCUUUGUAUUUCAUGCAUUAAAGUCUUGACCUUUCAAGCUGUAUAUAUGUCAGAAGCUGUUCAUCUGAAUCACUGCAGAAAAUGAAAUUUGGGAAUACGUAAUCAAAUAAUAUGCGAUUGUUUUGGUAAUGAUUGCAGCUUAAAUGAGAUGUAAAAACAAACAUUUUGAACAGUUUUGAGAAAUUUAUUUCAAAUUGCAUCAUUUAUAUAAACUAUUUUCAUUACUGUAAUGAAAUAAUGUUUCGUUUCUGGUAUCCUGUCUAAGGAAGGGUUGUUUUGCCUUAUAUUAAAGGCUUAAACAAAGCAAAUGCUUAAGCAAGUGUAAAAGUUUCUUUAGCUAGGAAGUCACAGGCUUCACUCUGUUUUCAUGCCUUUGUAGUAUUUGAUGCUUAAACAUGAAAAUAAUUUCUGUCAUGAGCUGGCAAUCCCUCUUCUCAGAGGAGAUGGGCACAAUGAUAAUCAAGUGAUGAAUAUUCCCUUGUAAUGUGUGCCAAAAUUACACUGUAAAUCUUUUUUUUUUUUUCUCUAGAAUAUCUCAAAUUACGUACUGCUUCAGCUCAGCAGGCUGCUGCUGGCCCAUGUUUUUCUUUCCUGUGCUAUGCAGGAGAAGGGAAUGGGUAGGAGUUUGAGCAGUGAACAGGUCUGAACAGCAGGCUGCUGCUGUUGUGCCUGCUCAUAGCCGAGCUUCUGGUGCGCGGGCUGCCUUCUCACCUACAGUUCUGUUGGUUGUGCCAGGGGGAUUACUAUGAGGGUUCUUCAGUUUAAGAUUAGUAGUGGUAAUGGUCUCUCCCUGGACACCCAUCUCUUCUGGGCAUUCCUUAAAACGUUGCAUGUGCAUGUGUCUGUAUUCUUGCAGUCUUAUGUAUUGGCCUGAAUGCAAUGUAUGGGGUUUUUUUUAAAAUAAAGCUAAAAAGACAACAGUUUUGAACUGGAUUGCUUGUCUUACAGUGUAAUUGGGUUGUAUUUAAAGUGUGGGAUGUUGAUCUUUCUCUGCUGUUACAUUUAAGUUUUGGCCUUAAGAGUUUUGGGUUAAAACAUGCUCAGCAUAGGCGGAGCCUUUGAGAAACACUGUUAUUAAAUUACGAGGAGUCUUUAGCUGGCAUGUAUGAAACUAUUUGUUUUCCAAAGCAUAGGGCUCAGCCGAACGUGGAUGAGUUUCUACACACAAAGCAAACAGCACGUUCCUGAUGAUCAGGAGUGAAUCUUCCAGUUUCAAGCAUUGCAGUGGAUGGAAUGCAAAUACUCAGGAGGAAGAUCUAACUUGUCUCAGUGCUUUUGUAGUCAGAUUCCUUCAUUACUCUUUUCCUGUCUGCAUUUUGAUGUGCACUCUCAUCCUUGAUCAUCACUGUGAUUUCUGCUUCAUGUGCUGUCUUUUGUAACUCAUGCUGCCUCUGAUGUGUAUAUACGUACCAUAGCAUCCCAGGCCAACCUUUGCUUGCCUUUCCUGGGCACUGGCUUUUUUCCUGUAUUGUCACAUCUCUUGCACAUUUCUACAGCUCAGCAGCAUUCUUUCUGCAUUAAUAGGUGGGCAGUUUGUUUUUUCAUCUCUUCUGUGCUGCAAGGAAAUCGGUGCACCUGGGAAAGAGAGCAUGAACUGGAUAGCCUAUUCCUGUGCCUUGUGCCACAAAAGAUCCCAAAAGAUUGAAGGAAGGUUUAUGCUUAGCUUAUGGAUCCUUGAGAUGGAUCAUGAUCCUAAGAGAUGGAUCCUCUUCUGGAAUCUGAGAAUUCAGCUCUGAAAUGCUAAGUUCCUGUAAAUAGAGGUGUGCAUAGGUGUUGUUCUGAGGAUGGAGUGAAGAAUCUGAGGGAGGUGCCUGUCCAUCGAUGCCACAUUUCUGGGGGAGGAGGGGAAGGAACCCUUACGACCCAUCAUGUUACAAUGGGGUUUAUGGGGUUCUGCCUGUACCUUAGGUUGGUAACUUGAUCUGCUCUUAGUUGUAUUUACUUACAGGAAUACGGUUUUUAUCCUCUCACUCUGUGCUCUACGCACCAGGAAUCAAAUGUUGAUCAGUUACUCAAAACCAAAAAUGGACUAAAUUAGUGAAUACUUCUAGUGACUUAGUUUGCUAAAAUUUUCUGGAUUAUACUGCUUUUUUUUAAAUGUAUAGUGGGAUUGCACUUUGCUCCAGCAAGAUAACACUUGUUAAAUAAAUGAAGUUCUGACACUUGAAGGGAAUUUACAUUUCUAGCAAGUUCUGCGAUAUUCAAAGUUGACAUCAGAGUUCCAACUACUUAGCGCUUCCCUCAGUCUGUGUUUUAUUGUCUGCUGAAUGUUUUCCUCUGUGUACACUUCUUGAGGCAGAAAUUGUGUUAUCUGCUUAAUGCUUUUGAACUUCAUUUCUGAUGACAGGCUUCUCUAGAGUUGCAAGAUGGGUCUGUAUUUGCAAGUUAGUUGGUGUUGCCCAUAUCUUAAGUAUAUCUGUAGUGAGCUAACGUGGUAUUACACAGAGUUUCUUAGAAUAUAUUUAAAUGUACUGUUUUUCAAUUUACAUUUGUAAUCUGUUUUUUUUUUUCUUUUCAAUUCAGGGUAAAGGUUGGCAAUUCAGUAGGCUGUCCGUUUACUUCCUGAAAUACAAGCAUAGACUAAAACACUGCUGUUAGCUGCCAUGGCUAAUGCUGAUACGUCUGUAAUGUAGUUAUCAGAUUACUAAUUAACUCAUAACCACACAAAACAACCCACUCAAAAUUCCCCUUUUUGUUGGCAGUCUCAGCAGAUUUGGAGGAUUUGAAGGGGCACAGCCAGGAUUAAUUGUUUUUGUGAUGUAAAUUAGACACUUGUGAUUUCUUGACAAUUAAGAGAGCUAGAGGUCUGAUGCAACAGUAAACCAUUGGUAGAAAUAGUGGAUCUCAGUUUCUUUCAGUUUUUUAGUCCUUAAGUAUUCACCUGUUCAUCAAAUGGUGUUUUAUUUAAAAUGCUCACCAAUAUAACUGGAGGCUUCUAUGGUUUAAGGAUUAAGUAGUCUCCUGAAGUGCUUCAGAAGUUAACUAUCUUUUUUUUCCCCCUUUUUACUGCAGAUAGGCAUUAUUGCUUAUUUCUAGGAGUAAUUUGAAUACAAUUCCAAUGUGCAUCAUCUGGAUGCCUUCUUUAUAGCCAGUAUUUUUUUGUAUAUAUACUUGAUGGUAGAAAACAAACCCCAAAAGCCAGUAGUUUUAAAAACACAUAGUUUUUGUUGGUUACAUGCUUUAAGUCUGUUUCUCACUUUGUGACUUCUGGGUGAAAAUCUACUUGGAAUGAAAUCUAGUGCUUUAUCUCACUAACAUGUAUGCCGAAAGUAUUUAAAUUUUGGGUUUUUUUUUUUUUUGCUUUGUUAAUCAUGUUCUAAGUUUUUCAAGUAUAAAACAGAAAAUCAAAUGACCUACCAUAGGUUCAGAUUUUUUCUGAUCUCAGGCCCAACAUUCAGUUUGAGUGUGCACAUGAUAAUUAUUUAUCCUUUUUUUUUACUAUUUUUAAAAAAUAAUUUAUUACCUCUCAGUCUGCAAUAAAGAAAUGGGGUGGUUUGUGGGUUUUUUGUGGGGUUUUUUGUUUUUUUUUUUUUUGUUCAUUGGGGUGGUAGAUUUUUUUUUUUUAAGAGAAGGAGGUAUGCCUGAGAAUUGAUAAUGCAAGUGUGGCUGGGAGAGAAGAAAUAUGUCUUAACUUUGAGCAUGGAAUACCAUCUGAGUUGAGGAAAAACUUGCUGGCUCAUUUUGGUAGGUGAGUUACAUUGUUCCUGUUGCAGUGUGCCUCCAAGCCAUUCUGUGCAAGCACACAAGUAUUCUGAAUGAUGCAUAGGUGUCAUAUUUGAAUUUGAUGAUUUGGUACAGAUGAUAUGGCCGUUUCUCACACUAAACCUAUAUGGCAGUGUACUAAGAAUAACUGUCUCAUCAGUGCAUUGAUCAUUGACCAGGUGCAUUAGUAUACCUUUUUGUACUUUAAUAAAGCUUUCAGAAUCCUAGUUCUCUGAACUUCUGCAAACAGUGCUGUAUGGAUCUCAAUUGCUUGUUACCUUCCAUGCAGGAUUUUUGGAUUUGGAUCUCUCAGAAGAUUCCCAAAUCUGUGUCAAAACAUCUGGCUUAGGAAGCCAUGCUGGUCAUUGGGGCAGUUACGUAGAAGCAGUGCUGUUGUAGUAGCACUGCCCAAUGCAAAUGUGAUCAUUGAACUAAGCAUUUGCUGGUGAGGUGCUUGUCCCAGAGCUGCAGCAUGAAUUUAAUUAGCUUUCUGUCAGCACUGCCAACAGUAUGCUGAUGGAACUACUCUGACCUCCAUUGAUUAACCAGUAAUUUCUUCUCUAAUAUGUUAAGGAAACAUGUGAAGUUAGCAGUCAUAUUUGGGAUCAACCUGAGUCUUACCCAUGUGUGUAGGACUUAUUGGUGGAUAGCUUUCUGAUCUGCCUGCAUUUUUUAAAGUACCAUACAUUUGAAAAUCAUAGCAUCCUUAGCACUCCCACAGUGUGAAGUUACGCAUAUAUGCAUAAUCUCCUAAUAUUAUUCAGAUUAAGGAUUUGUAAACAUUCUUGAUUUGCACUGGUUAAUCCAUUUUUAUUCUUUAUAUAAAAUGCAAACAUUCAUCUCAGAUAAUGCUUCUAAUACAAUUUGUAGAUGGGAUUCGUAAUGUAAGCUGAAUGUAUGGUGGUGACUUUGGGAGAGAAAGACUGCUGGAACGUGAAGUAAUUAUGGGAGGCUAAAUGUGGUUCUCACUGCUUGCACUGAAGGCAGAAGAGUUGUGCUUGGUUAUGCAAGUGAUAAAUUUGGUCUUGCAUUUAGCUGUUAUUUCUGAAGAGUUAAACUCUGGCAGUGAAUUAGUCUUGAACUGCAUUAUAAUCAGGAUAUAUCUCUGGUGGAACAGAAAAGCAUAAAUACUGCAAAAAGAGUAAAAAGGAGCCUUGGGUUUCACUGCAGACCUCUGCUUUGGGCAACACGAGUCUCUGCAGGUUAGUUGUGCUGCCACUCAGAGUGUGUACAUCGUGCUUCUGCAGUUGGCAGUGCUGUCAGUCUUGAUUAGAUUCUUCUCCAGGGCCAGGGUUAGAGCCUGUGGUUCAUAAUCUGCAACGCUUCUUUGCUAUCUAGAUAAUAAUUAUGUAAUAUGCUAUUAAAUUGUGUAUCUCACCCCUCUAUCUGCAUCCAGCUAUUGUUACCAGAUUAUUUAGUAGCCGUUUUUGUUCUGUAUUUCAGCCUUGUUUCCAUUUUAUACAGUGGAUGAUUAAUGUGGUGGAAAUUCCUCUUUAAUUAUGUUUUGCAAGAGACAGGAAAAAUACAGUAAAAUAAGAUUAUAGGAGAAAGCACGUAGAGAUUUAGAAAUUCCUAACAUUAAGUAGUUUGUUACGUUUAUUAACUAAAAGUCAAUCUAGCCAAUUAUAGCAUGAAACAAUGUUUCAGUGCAAUGGUAAAAUACUGAAAAAGGUAUGGGCUGUUGAUGAAGAAAAAAAUUAAUGUCUCAACUAUUGAAGCAUUUGAUCAAAGCAUCCACAGGAUCUAGAUUUCAUUUCUGACCCUGCUACAGGUUUCUAAUGUAAUACUGGAAAAGAUAAUCAUACAUGUACAUAUGAGGACAGAAGUAAGAUUUUAGAGAGCCUUAGUUCUGCUAUGUCUUUAUUUCUGAACUUAGAGCUGUCAAAUGACUUUAUGUAAUUAGUAAGCUCUGCCCUUGGGUCCUCUAAAUAAACUUUGCCCAGACUAGGCAGUUUUUCAGCCUGUUAGUCAUUUUUUGCACUGACACCCAGAAGGCUGUAAUGCAUAUUAGUUAUCAGUUGGAGUGUAUUUAAGGAGAUUGUUAAUUGUAGGUAUGAAUUUUGAUUUUUCACAAAUAUUUGCUAAUCAGAUUAGCUUUGGGAAAUCACUGAUACUUGCAAUCAUACCAGUUGUUAAGGUCCCUAACACAGCCAGUAUUUAAUAAGUUUUUUCUGAAUGUUACUGUGCUGACAUAGUUGAACUGAUUUUGGGAUCCAGCUUUCCCAAACGUGGGAAUGAAGUUUCCUAAAAUUCAUUAAUGAGAGUUUCAGUACUAUGGGGUUAUGUGUCAUUUGCCAUUUUACUUUUCUGGAUUGGUUUUUAUUUGUUGUUUUUACAAAUUUUAUAAAAUGACAGCGGUUUUGUACAUUAUUUAGAUGUGUAUUUAAAAUAAAGGUGAUGGUUUCUUUUCAAAUGAAAUAAGUGGAUAUUAUUUCAAACUUCUCAGUGCUGUCCGCACAAGGAGGGUGAACAAUCACAAGGUUGCUGAAUGUCUGGAGCUUUUUUCUUUUAUUUCUUUCCUAGUUCUUUCUUCCUGCACAUUCUAGAUUGCAUUAGAUUGCAUUUUAUAACCAUAAGUUUUCUUCCAUGACUGCUAUUACAAACUUUAUUCUAUUUCUUGUUAAUCAUCCUCUAAACAUCAUCUCUUUUCCUCAAAGGAGUUUCUGCUACUUUCACUUUAGUUUUUUCCUUUGUCCAGCAAUACAGUGGUAUAGUAAUUCUUUACAUGACAAAUUCCUGCUAUUUUCCAGCUGUUUGCCACAUUCUCAACUACAUGGGGUCUCCUCAUGCUGUCCUCCUCUGAGGUGCUGGAGUUCGCAAGUGCCCCAAACCCACUUUCUGCUCUGUGGCAGCAUGCCCUCUACUACCUCUUGCUUUGUCUUUCAGCUGCCUAAAUCCUACCAGCUGUUUCUUAGUUGUUUGAUUUCUAGUUUUUGGCAGAGAUGCCUGUUUCCAGUUGCUAGAUUGAUGUUUACGUAAAAUUUUUUCUUAACAUUGCAUAUUUUCUCCAAAACAAGUGACAGCACCCAAAAGGUUCUGUGUGUUUGAGUAUUAAUGGAGGGAAAAUACAGGAGGUGCUCUCUAGAUAGUCAGCUUGAUGAAAUCUUAGUGAAAAAUCCUUUGUUUUCAACCAAUCUCUCUAUUCCCCCCUUCCCCCCUGCAUCCCUCUGGUUUCUGUGUUGAGAAUACUUGAGUUCACAGUUUUUUCUAUUCAGAGAAUUUGGAGGAGGGGGAGCGGUGGUGGUUGUUGGUGGUGUUUGGGUUUUCUGCUUUUUGUGGUUUGUUUUUUUUUUUUUUUUUCUGAUAAAAAUUUGCACCUCUGUACCCUGCUGGAUAACAUAUUUUAUCUAUCAGUGUUAUACUGGGGGUUUACAUUGCUGGUACAGCUUUUGUCAAAAAGCAUAAUAAAGUCAGCAGUCUGCAUCAGUAACUCACUGCUUUUGCUUUGCACCUAACAGUGUGAGACUUGUUUCAGCAUCACUUCUUGUGGCUGUUGCUUCCUUUUAUAAGAUGCUGUUUUCAGUUCAGGGAUUUUUCAGAUUUUUCUUGUGGAAAGUAUUUUAGCCAUCUUAAAGAAUGGUAAAAUUUUCUCUGCAUGAAUACCAUAGGAGUGUUUUGGUGACUAACGAUUUCGGGAUGCAGCAUGCAUUACUGUCCUUGUGAAAGUCUUCCCAAGUAUCAUCAUUAACGUGCCUUUGAAAAUUGCAACUUAUAUAUGAUCUGUGAAGACUGGCAAGAGUUUACAAAGUCAAGUCUCAAGUUUUCACUUCAACCUUGUAGCCCUGUCUGGUGACCCUGUCUUCUCCACUGGGGAGGAAAAAGAGAGGCUGAAAGUGAGCAGCACAUCCACUUUUGGCUGAGGGUGCUCCUCCCUGCACAGCGGAGUAACAGAGCAAAACUGCUGCAUCACCAAAGAGUAGACAAUGUUAUUAGCUCAGAUAAAUCGAGACUCUCAGGGAAUGACUGAAUUUUCUGGAGGAGGAAUGGAGGCCCAGCAUGUGACUCUUUGUCUAACAGAAGCUGUAGCUGUGCAAGAUGGUGACAACUUGGAAAACAUGGAAGGUGUAAGUUUGCAAGCAGUUACCCUUGCUGAUGGCUCCACUGCUUACAUACAGCACAAUUCUAAAGAUGGUAAAUUAAUGGAUGGACAAGUGAUUCAGUUAGAAGAUGGUUCUGCUGCUUAUGUUCAACAUGUACCCAUGCCUAAAAGCAGGGACAGUUUGCGUCUGGAAGAUGGACAAGCAGUUCAGCUGGAAGACGGAACUACUGCAUUUAUUCAUCACACCUCAAAAGACAGUUAUGACCAGAGUGCAUUACAAGCAGUCCAGCUGGAGGAUGGAACUACUGCCUACAUUCACCACACGGUGCAAAUGCCACAGUCAGAUACCAUUUUAGCCAUUCAAGCUGAUGGCACAGUGGCAGGUCUUCAUACAGGAGAUGCUGCCAUUGACCCAGAUACCAUCAGUGCUUUGGAGCAAUAUGCAGCCAAGGUGUCUAUUGAUGGAAACGACAGUGUUAGUGGCACAGGAAUGGUAGGUGAAAAUGAACAAGAUAAAAAAAUGCAGAUUGUCUUGCAAGGACAUGGAACAAGAGUGACUGCAAAAUCUCAGCAGAGUGGAGAGAAAGCCUUUCGCUGUGAUUACGAUGGCUGUGGAAAACUGUACACAACAGCUCACCAUCUUAAGGUGCAUGAAAGGUCACACACAGGAGAUAGACCGUAUCAGUGUGAACAUCCUGGAUGUGGCAAAGCCUUUGCAACAGGGUAUGGGUUAAAAAGUCAUGUCCGAACACACACUGGUGAAAAGCCUUAUCGGUGCACAGAAGAAAAUUGCACCAAAUCAUUCAAGACUUCAGGAGACCUGCAGAAACAUAUCCGAACCCACACAGGUGAAAGGCCCUUUAAGUGUCCAUUUGAAGGAUGUGGCAGGUCAUUCACAACGUCUAAUAUUAGAAAGGUUCACAUCAGGACACAUACAGGCGAAAGGCCUUAUUACUGUACAGAGCCAGGAUGUGGGAGAGCUUUUGCCAGUGCAACUAAUUAUAAGAAUCAUGUGAGAAUACACACAGGGGAGAAGCCCUAUGUCUGUACAGUUCCUGGUUGUGAUAAACGUUUUACAGAGUAUUCCAGUUUAUACAAACAUCAUGUUGUACAUACUCAUUCCAAACCAUAUAACUGUAAUCACUGUGGGAAAACAUACAAGCAGAUUUCUACUCUUGCUAUGCACAAGCGAACAGCACACAAUGACACAGAACCCAUUGAAGAAGAACAAGAGGCUUUUUUUGAGCCACCUCCAGGUCAAGGUGAAGAUGUUCUCAAAGGCUCCCAGAUAACCUAUGUGACAGGUGUAGAGGGAGAAGAUGUAAUUUCUGCACAGGUUGCUACGGUUACUCAAUCAGGAUUAGGUCAACAAGUAGCACUAAUAUCCCAGGACGGAACCCAACAUGUCAACAUAUCCCAGGCAGAUAUGCAGGCCAUUGGCAAUACUAUCACUAUGGUAACACAAGAUGGCACCACCAUCACAGUUCCUGCCCACGAUGCUGUGAUCUCUUCUGCAGGCACACAUUCUGUAGCAAUGGUUACUGCAGAAGGCACUGAAGGACAGCAGGUUGCUAUUGUGGCUCAAGACUUAGCAGCAUUUCAUAGUGCCUCAUCAGAAAUGGGCCAUCAGCAACAUGGGCACCAUUUAGUAACUACAGAAACUAGACCUGUUACAUUGUUGGCUACAUCCAAUGGGACACAAAUUGCAGUACAGCUUGGAGAACAACAGUCUCUGGAAGAAGCCAUUAGAAUAGCCUCCAGAAUACAACAGGGUGAAACACCAGGGAUUGAUGAUUAACUUCUAAAACUGCUACUAGAACAAUAGAGUGAAAGGUAUUCUAUUUUCAGUCAACAAAGGUCCAUGCCAGCAGCAACCCAUAAAAACUUUGAAGUUCCCCGCUCGUUGAUACUGUGUACACAUUUUAUGCAAGAGUGAAGAACAUUUUGUAAGUUUUGUGUACAUAACCCUUGGAAUGGACUGACAUCAUCUACUUCCAACUGUUGUAUAUUCAGGAAUAUGGAAUUAGGAUUAUAUAGUAAAUUUCCUUGUUAUCCUUUCAUCAGAUUUCAGACUGGUCUACAAGCAAGUGAAAAAUUAAAUAGAAGCAUUGGAAUUAAUUUUUAAUGUCAUGUACAAAUAAUGAAGGCAUUACUGAAGAUUUCAUGUUUAACAUACUAUUAGAAAUCAUCAUUUCAGGAACCCUUACAAGUAAUAAAGACAACAAAGCCUUUUAAAUUGCAUUCCAUAAAUGGAAAUGUCUUGGAGUUUGAGCCUACUGCAAAUCUUCCUAUUUUGAUUUGUUUCAUACAGCUUUGAAUAAUCUUCAGAUUAUCCACCCCAUCUCAUUCAUUGUAAAUACAGACUGUUAAUGCUGGAAGUGCUAAUUAUAUUAUCUUUAAAUUGGAUUAUGUACAAAGGAGAAACUUGGGUUGUUCAAUAUUAAAGGAAGUAAAUUUAAUGAUUUUGUUUCUUUACAUAUUUUACUUAAGUUACUCUCAAAUUAUUAUGCGAUAAAAUAUAGCAAGAUUGUAUUGUCUAGCUAGGAUGAUAUUGUCAAGUGACAUACUGUUUUACUUUCUAAUGAGACUGAAGUUCAAGUUAUUUAUUUACGGCCUUGUAUAAAUUUUUCCAAAGUUUAUUUAUCAUAAAUUGAAAUCUUUGACAUAUUAAUUUUGAUCAUAACCCACUAUAGUGUAUUAAGUAAUUAGUGUUAAUAGUUAUUUUAAACAUUCUAAAACACUACAAGAAUGGUUAAAAUAGUAAUUAGUCAACCAAUUUUGAUUUAAAAAAUCAACUACCUGUUUUCAAGAGGAAUAUUUUCAAACAGUGCAUUUGCGGCAUAAGUACUAAUAGUCUAUUUUCAACAGUUCUGAGUGCCUGCUGCUACCAUUCAGUACCUAGGAUAUGCUGAUAAUCAGUGCUUUUGAAAAUCAGGACACAAGUUACUAGAAAAAAGGGAUUAAUGAAUGAUGAUGUAAGUACAAUGCUCCCCUCCAUCUAUCAUUCUGUGAAGGAAAAAAAACCAUUGUAGAUAUGGCUAACAUACAGUAAAAUGUAACUUCAAUUUUUUUUAAUAUGAAAACGUGUCUUUACUCUUGUCUUGUUAGUAAGCUUGUUAAGCAAGUUAAAAUUUUUUGGCUUUGUGUAAGAUUCAGCGCUUAUUUUAGAUGAGUGUUGAGUGCUUCUGAAACUGAAGCCUCACCUUCUCAAGGGAAGGAUUAAACAUCUUCUGGAUGAAGUGUUAAUCAAGUAAUCAUUUGAUAAGUAUUGUGAGGUACACAUUUUACAAAAAAAAAGUCCGUAACUACGUUCCUUGAGGUAUUUGACCUCAAAAAGGCCAAGUUUGAACAGAAUUAAGCUAAUCUAAUGUGAAUUACUCUAUCAGUGUGGGUUGCAGCCUUUGAUGUUUUUCAUACAGAUGGUCAACUGAAAAGUGCAGUGAAAGCAUACAGUACUGUGGGAUAGAUGUGGACAAAGCAAAGAAUAUUCUCUGGAUCCAUUACAAAGUAAAACUUGGAAACAUUGAGGUUGUCUAACUUUUACAGGAUUGAGACUGCUUGCUCACUUAGAUGCCCAUUUUCCUGAUGUUUUAAUUCUUGAUACCCCAUGGAGAUAAAUGUACUAUGCAAGGAAGAUUAAUUGCUUGUCAACUAGAUCAGUUUCUUAGUACUUAUCACUUUUUAGAAAUUAAAGAUGUAUCAUUUGA